CCUGCUUCAGUUAGAUCCAGCCUACAGGUGGAAAGGGGCACACCUGUUCACUCUGUCCAAACCUGGGGAAUUUUUCUUGCUGUCCAGCUGGAAGCCUCACGGACUCGAAACCAUAUAGAUGUUGAACCUCUACAGCACUUUUUAGUGUUUUCUCUGCUGGUUUGGAGCCAUGCUCGCGGAUUAACAGAGAGAUCAUGCAGGGAGGUGGAGAGCAGCCCUCAGAAGAUGAUAUGAGAGAGGGGGAUUUGGGGGAUGGCAUGGUCGCCCCCUGCUGCUCCUCUGCCCGGGUGAGGAGUAAAGGGGAGCUGCCGGAGCUCCUGGCCCACAGCAGGUUCAGUAAGAGGGGCAGUGAUGGGAGCGGCCCCUUCUCCUGGACGCCCUGCAGCUCCAUGUACACUGCCUUCAGAGAGGAGCUCAGAGACUCAGACAGCAGUGCCGGCGACUCCAGUGAAGCAUUGCAGAGAAGACUGCAGGAGGUCACAGAGGAAGUAGAGCUGCUGCGGACAGAGCUAGAAGUCACCCAUCGACACUUGGAGGGCAAACAUGAAGCUCUGAGGAUCCUACAAGGCCAGGCUAUAUUAGAUAAAGCAACAACCCACACCAAAAGUUUGCUUCAGAAGAGUGAGGAGCGGACCAAAGCUUUGGAAAAGGAGGUGAAUGCUUUGCAGUGGGAGAUUACCUUCAACCAGGUCCAGUUUAAGAAUGUAGAACAUGCGUGGGGGCUGAAAUACGACAGGGUGUGUGCAGAAAACAAGGCCCUGAGUAAAGCUCUGAAUGAAAAGCUGGAGCAGCUACAGGACCUCCGAACAGAGAACACCUCACUGAGUCAGCAGUGUUUGGAGCUGCUGGGAUUGCUGAGUGCUCAGGAAAGGAGAGAUUUCCAGAAGACUCAGCCCCCGAGCAAACAUGGGAGAGAGGGAUACGCACUGGAGCUUGCAGUGUAUGGAGCUUGCCACUGUACCUCCAGUGGGGGUGAGCCGUGUCCUUGUGCUAAAAGUGCUGCUUCAAGCCGCAUGCAGGUUCUCCAGCUCAAACAGGAGUUGGAGGUGCAGAGGAGGAGGAAGGAGGAGGCGUAUGUGAUGGUGGACGCUUUCCGCAUCGCCUUUGAGCAGCAGCUGAAGAGAGGGAGCGAGAAGGUGCUGCAGUUGGCUGAAAACGACAGACAAGCGCCACGCCAUUCAAAACCAGUGAGAGGGAAACAGGGCAGCUCAGCCAGCAUGGCUCAGAAGUUGAGAAGAUUUCUGCCGUCUGCCAGAGAGGGAAAGGAGCCCACUGACCCCACAGAAACCCUACGGUUACUGCUCGAUCUGCUGAGUGACAAGGAGGAAGCUUUGGCCCAUCAGAGGAAGGUGAGCUACAUGCUGGCCCGAAGCUCCGAGGAGCUGGAGAAGCGGCUUCAGGCUCAGCUGAAAGAGCUGGACCUCUCCAAAUCCAACACCAGAUUAAACACAAACACUUCUGAAUACGACAAACACGACCGAGGAGAAGACAACGCCUGCAAAUGCUCAGCAGACUGUAGCAACAACCACACGGCCUGUUCAUCCUUUAAUGAGCCGAGUUCUACAGCAGAAGUCGUGGACCAUGAAGAGGAGCAGAGUUCAGCAUCAGACCAGACACACACAGAACCAACUGAAGAGCAGGAGUAAAUGGAUCUGUGCACUUUUUAAAAAAGAAAAAUACCUAGGCUUGGUUUGUUUUACAAUGAACUGAGCUGCUUUGAAUACAGACAUUUAGUAGUUUGCUGAAAUCUUAACACUGUUAUAGUAUCUCAUGUUACAUACAUAUAAAAAAUAAAAAAUCCAGCUUACAAUCAGAUUUUUGCUGGUAGCUGGUUUCAAUAAACUAAAUUUAUUUAUUUAAUUUAUUUUCAUAACAAACAAUUAAGGGACACAUAUCCUCCACAUUAAUCCCCUGAUCUAAACCUGAUGAACUGAGAAGGUGAUUUGAGGUGAUUUAAUUGGGAUGAGCUGGAGCUUCACAGCAUGAAGGAAAGAAAAGCAGCAACUAUUGUUCAGCACCUCCAGGAACUCCUUCCUUUAAGACGCUGAGAAAACUAUUCCAGUUGACUCUCCCUCAUGAAGACACUGAGAUUAAAAUCUCACCAAGAGUCUGCAGAUCUGUCCUUCAAGAUAAAUGUGCUGCUUAGAAAAAUCUAAAUUAUAAAACAUAUUCUGGUUUGUUUAACACUUUUUUAUUUACAGAAUAAUUCUGCAUGUGUCCCUGUAGAGCUUUAUUACAGUCUUCAAUAUUAAAUUUAUAAUGUAAAAAUAAUGAAAAGUAUAAAAACACAUUGAAUGAAAAGAGGUGUGCCCAAGCAAUUAGGUGAACUUUAUAUUUUUUAAUACAUUUCCCACAUUUUAUUUGAUUGUUUUACCCGUGUUUACCUUAACAUAAGAGGAACAACCUCAUUCGAACAUGUCUGACAGCAGAUUUUCUCUUUUUUGACAGCUAUAUUUUACAUUUUACCUUUAUAUAAAAUGCUCUUGUUU